GUAAAAUAUAGUGAGGUAUUAUGUAGAGUAACAAAAUUAAUGUUUUUAUGUAAGAAUGAAAACCUAAUAAUCCACAAUUCAAUAUUUCAGACAAUCACACACCAAUUUCCCAUCUUCAAUCUUCAAUCCUCAAUCUUCAACCUCCGAUCUCUCCUCAUCCCAAUGCUGCUCUUCUUCUGAAUUCCGCUCCAUUGUUACUUUCUCCGCCAUUCUUCAUCUUUGAUUAUAUUAUUAUUAUUAAUUGAGAUGGUUAAGAAGUUGGAUUGUGAUGAAGAACACCCUAAGGAUUUUGAUGGAGCUAAGGAUAUUGACCUUUUUGAUAUGCUUAAUUUUCCAUUAGAAGAUGUUGAAGUGGAUAUUGGUAAAGAUGAUUGGAAUAAUAUUCCAUUGCCUGAUCUUCCAUUAGAUUAUUGUUUGAGUUUUCCAGUUGGAGUUGGAGUCUUCCCAAAUGAUACUUCUAAACCAAAUAAAAUUCUGCCUACUUCGUAUGAGAAAUCUUGUAGACUAAAGCAGCUCCCAACUGCUUCUUCUGCUGCUGAGACUGAGAGUACUAUUAAGUCUUCUAAUGCUGGAAGCAAACUCCUCAGCCAUGACUCUACCGAUGUCAAAAGCGUUCGGCUUUUUAACUCAUCCAGUCCAGUUUCAACCCUUGAGAGCACCAAUGCUUAUUUUACUGAAAACCAAAGGCAUGUUGACAAGAAAUUUAUAGCUCCAAAGAGGCGAGCUAGAAGCAAACGUCAACGCUUCUCAAAUCUCGAUAGACUUCGCUCUCUAUCAUUUUUUCCACCAACUUGCUCUUCAUUUGCAAGUGUUUAUCCCGAAUCAGAUUCAGGGACUGUUGAUGAUGGAAAAAUGUUUAAACCUUGUGUGAAAAAACCGGUCAGGAAAGGAGGAGGAGAGACGCGAAACAACAAGCUGAAGGAACCGAACACAACAACAACAACAACAACAAAGAGAUGCACACAUUGUCAAGUUACAAGUACCCCACAAUGGAGGGAAGGACCAUCUGGACCGAAAACCCUUUGCAACGCUUGUGGUGUUCGGUAUAGGUCUGGCCGCCUCUUCCCAGAGUACCGCCCUGCAGCGAGCCCUACUUUCAUCCCUUCGGUUCAUUCCAACUCGCAUAAGAAGGUUAUAGAGAUGAGAAACAAGGGUGGUGGUACUAGUGUUGAGCAUAAUUAUGGUUCUCAACCAAGCAAUUCAGUUAGACAUGUAUUUGAUUGAUUAUAUUAAAAGAACAGUCUUUUUAUUUGUAGGAUAUUUCUUGUUAGUCUCUGCUUUUGGUUUGUUUCAUAAUUAUUUUCUUAAUUUUUUUUUUUCUAGUUGUAGUUUAUUAAUUAAUUAAUGGGAAAGCUAGGUUUUAUUUGCCUUCUUACUUA